AUGAAGACCAUAGACCAUCUCAGCUAUCCCCAUAUCAUCGACCUCAUCUUCGACUAUGCCACCGAGGAAGCCCUCUUCGCCAUGGGCCGGGCCUGCCGCGAGUGGCGAACGAGGGUUGUCGCCGAAUUCUACCAUCUCCGCGACCUCACUGUCAGACGCGGUGCACUCAUCAGCGAUAACGUUACGGAUGAGUCUUCGGACAUCAGCGCGCACAGUCAACACUUUGUCUUCGAGUCGCCAGCCGGAUGUUACACAGCAGUCUCCAAUCUGGCUUGCAUGGACUAUUGUCGUGUUGUGGACUUUGGUGAUGGCCCAGUCCCCCUCGCAGAUGGAGUGGUCUUCAACGUCACACCCUUCGCCUACCGAUGCCUCCCUACACAGCACAUGUCCCUGUACAACUUCGUGACGCAGCUCCCUCGGUGGCAAAACAACCUGGAGCACAAUGGUCCGAAGUUCACUUUCGUCGCGAGAUCACCGCCUUCCAUUCUACAGACUCCGAAUGUAGCCUUCUUGACUCUCGACGAGUAUCGUGAUACGAUCGGUGAGAAGGAGUUCGCGAUCGAGACCGAUUUCGAUUCCUCAGAACUCAAUGGUGCCCACCGGGCAGGUGGAGGCUGCGCCCCUUCGCUCGCUGUAACUUGGAUGACCAUCAAACACCUCAACUUUGCACAUUUGACCAUUGCACUUCCUGGCAUCGCCAUGCUUAUUAUCGACCAUCUCUCCUACCCGCACGUAGUCGACCUCCUCUUCGCCUUCGCGCCCGUCCAGUCUUUGGUGGUCAUGGGCGACACUUGUCGCGAGUGGCGGAAGCGGGUCGCCGCCGAGCUCUACCAUCUUCGUGGUUUCUCGACUGGGUGCUCCAAGAAUCAGCCCACCUGGUGGAUCGGUGAGAAGGAACCUGAUAACAACAACAACAACAGCAUUCAGUGGCAUUUCUACUUUGAAACUCAAAGAGGCUACGCGGCCAUCACUGAUCCUCGUUGUCUGCGGUUCUGCAGAGUUGUCGACCUCGCCACCCUGUACGACUUUGAGGAUGUGGAGAACAAGAAACACACCCUCAGGGUUGACACCGUACGUCUUCCUCAGCUGCACCCGAUUGAAAAGACCGACAUGGGCUCUAUCGCUCCUUUUGUAUGCUCUCGUGUGGUUCUCGACAACCACUUUGGGCUGAGGACGGAACGCGAGAUCUCGAAACUCGUCGUGAACCACCGCAACGACGAUUACCGCCAUCAUACUCCGCACUGGAGUGAAGACUGCUCCGAAUUACUGACGGUCUUUCACCUGGUCUUUGUGGUGCAUCCUCGAGGUUCUCCACAACGAUUCACAGAGUUCGCAGAAGUUGAUGAAAGCUUUUCAAGCAUGAAGGUCACCUACGUUGCGGAGCGACCUCCUUCAUUCCUAGGUUUGAAGAUGCUCAAUUUUCAGCAUCUCACCAUUUCGGAGUAUCGCACCUCAGUCGGAGACAAGGAAUUUGCGAUCGAGACCGACUUCCACAAUCCUCUCCAACUCUAG